GUGGGCACAGGUGGGUGGCACUGGUGGGCACAGGUGGGUGGCGCUGGUGGGCACAGGUGGGUGGCACUGCUGGGCACAGGUAGGUGGCACUGCAGAGUGGCACAGGUGGGGGCACUGCUGGGCACAGGUGGGGGCACCGCUGGGAAUGGGUGGGCGGGGCUAGUGGUGCGCACAGCUGAUCGGAACUUGCGGGGGUCACUGCUGGGCACCGAUCAUCAGGGCACUGAUCAUCAGUGCCCUGAUGAUCGGUGCCGAUCCCCGCGCUCUGACAACUGCCGGUUCUCGGCAGUACUUUCCUCACGAUCUGACAGCGUGAGGAAAGUGCAGCCGAGAACCGGCACUUGC